AUGAACUGGUAUGCACAUUCCCCAGUAAAGUGGAGUGGCAUGGAAACAUAUUCCCAAUGCCCUUCUUAUGACAUGACAGCAGCUCAAGCUUUAAACAGUAUCAUAGAUAACGUUAAUAACUUGAUUGCUAUCCUUCGCGAGCCUGCUGAUUCGACAACAUUAAGAUCAGGUAAACCCUAUCUAGAUCUUUCAAAAUCCGAACAUGACAAAAUUUGCAAGCACGUUUCAGAAGCCUCAAAAGCUCUUGCUCUUUAUACCAAUUUUUUAAAAAAAAUUUAAAUAUAAUAAAACUAUUUUAAUUUUAAUAAAAAUUAUUUUUCAAAGAAUUAAUAAAAUUGCUACUGAAUUUAAUAUAGCUUCUGCAGAAUUAACCCCAAUUAUAAAGCCUGAAGACGAACUUAAAAUUUCGACACCUCAAACUAACCAUUUAGUGUCGUCUUUUAAAGAGAUAAAAGAAGAUAUACAGCCACAAAUCUAUAUGCUUAAAAAAGAUCUCCCUCCUUUAUUUAAGGAAGAAACAGAAUUUGAUCCCUCCAUUGACAGUGAAUGCAUUGCAGUUGGCAAAUUAUUUGAUUCCUUAGAAGAUGCAGCUGAAGAAUUCAAUAAAUACGCUUUAAAGUGCGGAUUUAACAUUUGCAAAGGAAACAGCAAAAAAGAUGCAUAUCAAGAAUACGCAUGCUCCGCCAGAGGGAAGGUUCGGAUGAGGAAAGUGACUGACCAAGAUAAGAGAAGAAAUAGAAAAAGUAUCAAGAAAAUGUGCAAAUGCCACAUAAUUUUGAGGAAAAAAUUAAAUCAGUGAAUGAUUACAACGAGAAAACUUCAACACACUCAUGAGUUAUUGACACGUGAAGAAAUCAGAAAAACUGCGAAAAAUAGGUUUAUUCCGGAUCAUAUAAAGGAAAAAGCACUAGAAAUGUAUGAGAACGGAGAAGCGCCUGCUAAGAUUCAAUAUACAUUUGAGACUGAGCUAGGGGAUAGAAUAAUCUACGAUUAGGAUUAUAUUAAGUACUUAAAGCGCCUAACAGAGCACAUCAAAAGUACUUGAGGCUAGAAAUAAUGGUAUCACAGGCUAUUCUGACAAGAAUGGGUGGGACCAUCAAAUUUUGCCACAGCCAACGCUAGUCCGCAUCUCCUACUUAGCGGGUUUCUAUCUCUCUGAGCUUAGCUCUUGCGCGUGUUUCACUUAAAAUCUUCUUUCAAAGAGUGCUGAGCAUGAUACCUAACUUUCCAACUCUUAAGCAAGAUUGUGAGGAUGUGUACCCUCGCAGCUGCUUACCUAUGCUGUUAGAUAAGGAUUCUCAGGAAAAAUUGAACCUCAUAAAUAAGACCAGGAGAGAAAAUUAUUGAGCAAAAUUUUUACAUGCAUAAUCCUUUUAUCUUUUAUGCUAGGGGAUAGAUGCACUUGGACAAUGAAAGAUUUGUAUAAUAUGCUGUAUAGACAUAAAGACUCAUGUGAGGAUGGUUCUUCUACUGUUUCAAGAGCGGAGAAUUAA